AUGUUGGAGCUGGCUGCCAUCUACUCGCCCUUAUCGCAACUUACACUGGCUCCUGUAUACGGUUCAAUACCCUCAUCUGUCUUUCACCAUGAGAUCACCGCAAUAAUUGUGCUCUUGGCUCUCACGCGCAGUAGCAUCUUCUCACGCUUCAUGCCCGCUCAAGUUGAAUAUUAUAUUCCCAUCUUGGCCUCCAGCAUUCCACUCAUUCAAACCUUCUUGUUCAAGUACAGCACCGAGCUUGGUGUUGAUGUCGGUCCUAUUAUCACCGAGGGUCUGACUUACUACCCGCUACUGCUGUUGAGCACCUAUUCUGCAGCCCGUGUUCUCCUAGAUGCCAAGAUUGAUCAAUACCUGCAUGCCUCGAUGGGCUCUACGAUACUUGGUCUCUCUACAUACGGUUUCUUUGUUCUGGUAAGAUCGAAAUCUGCUUUUCUGAUCUCCCAACUCUUUGCAUACUCUGCCACAGUCACCAGAGUGAGUCUCCAAUGUAUCAUUGGCGCUUUGUUCACCAUUCUGUCGCCAUCAAAACUGAGUCUUCUCGCCAUUCCUGCCAUGAUACACACAACAUGGUUCAACCCUCACUUCAUGUCUCCCCACACCGAUGCUUUGGCCAAUACGACCCUGCAAGCAAGUCAAUGGAAUUUGCUGGAGCGUGCCGAGUCAAACACUGGUUACAUCUCGGUCCUGGAGAAUUUGAAUGCUGGCUAUCGAGUCUUGAGAUGUGAUCACUCUUUGCUCGGUGGAGAAUGGUUGAUCACCGAUGAAAGGAGAAGACAAGGCAUCACCACCUCAGAGCCCAUCUAUUCCGUCUUCGAAAUCCUCGAAGCCGUUCGUCUGGUCGAGACACCUCAUAGUAACGUUCCGGACGGUGAGAAGAGCGCGCUUGUAGUAGGACUGGGCAUUGGAACUGCACCCAAGGCUUUCAUCGCCCAUGGCAUCGAUUCGACCGUCGUGGAGCUCGACCCCAAGGUCCACGAAUACGCCACGAGAUACUUCGACUUGCCCGAAAACCACACCGCCGUGUUGGAGGACGCUGUGUCUUGGGUUCAGAAUGCCUCUCAUAAUGCUGUCAAGCAGUACGACUACAUCCUCCAUGACGUAUUCACUGGCGGAGCAGAACCUCUGCCUCUCUUCACCGACAACUUCCUUCGCAACCUGCGUUCUUUGUUGACUCCUGAUGGUGUCGUCGCUGUCAACUAUGCUGGUGACCUCGACGAUUCUUCCACGAAACAAAUUGUCAACACCAUCAACCUGGCCUUCGACCGUCAAUGUCGCAUGUUCCGCGACUCAGAGCCGUCUUCCGAGAGAGGAGAUACUGACUUUCUCAAUAUGGUCGUCUUCUGCAAGAAUUCUGCUGUUGGCGAGCUCAAGUUCCGCGCACCUGUCGAGGCCGACUUCCUAGGCGCAGUAUUGCGCAGACACUAUCUUGCACCCAAGGACAAGCUUGAGUUGAAGUUCCCUACCGAAGAAGAGAUGCAGGAUUAUGCUGUUCAGACGUUGACUGUAGACAACCUCGGCGGAUUCGAGAAGAAGCAGGUUGAGUCUGCAAAGAAACAUUGGAAGAUUAUGAGACUGGUCGUUCCUGACUUCGUCUGGGAGCUUUGGUGA